AUGGUCAGUAAGAAAAUAGAGAGGCAUCGAGAGCACUUCUCCAAGUUCGACCAUACUUUUACGUCGGAAGAGGCCAUCAACAAUCUCGGUUCUCUAAAGUUCUCGCAAUCGAAUCGUAUGCCGGACCCCAAAGACCCCUCACGCAUUGUCACGACUACCACGACCACGACAUUUUCCAUGGCGAAGGAAAUGGCCCGCUCAGUAUGUCAGCGACGGAAGGAUAAGUCUUCAAUUCCCUCUCAAGGGCGCGCUUUUCCAAUUGACACCCAAGGGCAUCAACAUCCUGCAGCGAUUUUGCCAAAGAAACGGGAUCACUGCGAGACACAUCAUGGACGUGCUCGAAUCCCCUCGAAAUACUAUGCAGCUAGUAACACAGAACGAGAAAAUACCACGGACCAAAUAUCCCACGACCGUGCUACAAUCGAGGUUAUUUUCCGCCGGUUUGCUGGCCAAGAUGGCCCUAAUCUCAAGCCGUCGGUUUCGACCUCGGAUUCGGAUUCCGUGAGUGACUACACUAAUGGACUUGUCGGCGUGAAAAUGGCGAAGGAAAGAAAAAUCGGAGACAAAGUCAUCCAGAAUACUUUUACCGGAAAGGCAGCGGUGGAUUGGUUGAUGGACUGCUGUACGACAACAGACCGCCGGGAAACGUUCGAGAUUGCAACGAUGUUUGUUAAGCACGGGUUGAUUCACUCCGUCUUUGAGGAUAAGAAUUUCGCCCAACAUAACCCGGAAGCGGCAGCCUUCCAGCCAACGAAGUAUUCUAUCUAUGCAUUGACCGAGCGAGGACAACGGGUCUGUGGAUGGAUCGCACGGGAAAAGCCGCUGGUCACUGCGUACGACGGCCGCGUUGCACCUCGAGAUUCGAACAAUGCCCGCCUAAACAACAUCCUGCAAGAUCCCGCCCUGCGACUACUGUUCAGGGAAUUCCUGCGCGAUUCCCUCUGCGAGGAGAACCUGUCGUUUUAUAUUGACGUUUCUGACUUUACGAUAAAUUACCACCAGCAGGAAAAAGCCGGUUCAUUUGCGAAGAUGGAUGUCGUCCGUGAAACCCUUGCGAGUGCAUAUGGCUUAUACAACGCUUUCCUUGCUCCCGGAUCUCCCUGCGAGCUGAACAUCGAGCACGCUUUACGAAAUAGCCUUGCCAGCCGUAUGACACGGGCCGUUGGAGAUGAUGCAUCAAUGCUUAAAAGCUUAACUGAAGUGGUUAGCCUUUUCGAGCUCGCUCAGAUUUCUGUCUUCAAACUCAUGUCAAGUGACUCCGUCCCGAAAUUCGUGCGGGAUCCAAAAUAUGCCGUUGUUCUGCAGGAACAUGACUUCGACCUCAAUGCCUCGGGUAAAUCGCAUUCUCCAGGCCCUGCUCCCGUCCCAGAACGCUCCAUGAGCCGGUCCACGAGGUCGUAAGAUUUGAAGAGCAAGCUUUUUUUCUAUUUUUUGGUUUCAAUCGAUGAGAACAUCGUGACGGAAUUUGAAGUGCCCGAAUUGUUCUCUUUUCUUGGUGGGGAAGGGAGGGGGUGCUGGGGCCAAAACACUAACACCCCAGUUGUGGAAAUGACUGGGGCGGUAUAUAUAUGUUUUUAAGAUCCCCCGCGGAUCCGCGCCGUUUCGCCGCGAACAUCGCGCGUCUCCCAACCCGGGGUCCUGAGCUCUGUCAACCCCCGCCCGCCGGGGGGCUCCCUUAUCCAAUUUCAGGACCGUUGGCAUGACUGGUGGUAACCACGACACAGUCAGCCAGUACCAAAACCAAGCUUUAAAAAAAGAGAAAGAAAAAGAAAAAGAAGAAGAAGAAAAGACCGAAAUGAAGCAAAACGAGUUGAAAUGAAUGAAAGUAAGAAAAAAGAAGAAGAAGAAUAUGGCUAUGGCACAUGCUCCCCUCUCUCUCCCUCUCUACCCAUCUCCUAUGUAAUAAUUUUUUUCUUUUUUUCUCUUUUGUUGAUUUUCUUCCUUUCUUUCCUUUUUUUUUCCUUUCUUUCUUUCUUUUUUUCUUUUUUUCUUUCUUUUUUUCUUUCUUUCUUUCUUUUUUUCCCUCUGAGCUUUUUCAUUCCUCACUCACAGGUCUCCAAAGUGUCCGGUUGAAUCUGGAAAUGAUCUUUCUCAUAUAUACAUUUUAUGUAUGUGCAUUUUUCUACAUGUUACAGUUCAUCAGCACCGUUCCGUUUCCCCGCCAGCCUUUCUUUUUUUCCUCCAUCUAGCAUAUUGGGAGUUGCUUUUUCGUCUCUGAAAGUGUUUAUUUUUGGCUUUUUAUAUUUGGGCAAAUUCUCUAUUUUUUGUUUUCCAUUUUCAUUGUUUGAUUUGUAUCUUUUUUCCCUGCUUGCCCUUUUUUUUUUUUUUUUUUUUUUUCAUUGAAUCUAUCUAUGCAUGGCAUGAAUAUUGCUUUUUUUUUUCUCCCCCUUUCAUUGUUUCAUUGCUGUUGUUAUCCUUGGUAUCAUCUGCAUAAAUAUUCUUAUCAUUCUUAUCAUUAUUAUGUUAAUUCAUUUUUAUUUUAUAUUUGACUCGUUUUUUUUUGUCAUCUUAACUCUUUUUAAUCUUCUAUAUCUACUUCAUAUAUACACGUACCUUCUCUAUCAUAAUCAUUUUCAUCUUCACACAAUCAUCAACUCUUGUUUUUGUUCUUCUUUUAUCUCUCUUACUUACUGAAGAGAUGAUUUAAACUAUGAUUGUUUGUGUCUUUACUUAUUUUUCUUUUCUUUUUUUUUUUUU